AUGGCAUGGGCCUUCAAGUUCAAUUGUGCCAGUACGUGGUGGAUUACGGUACCUCAGCAGAGCGUGAGAAGCGGCGUUUCUGGUGGUGUGCCAGCGGCUGAUCAGCAUCAACUUCUAGCCAGCGUUUUUUCGCUGCCAAUUCUGGCUGCCACCUCCAUGCUGACACGAUGUUGAGGUCGCACCGGCUGCCCCCUUUGCAGGGCGUCUGGGAGGCGUCGGCAGCAGGACAGCCAGGGUUGUCGGGGUGGCUCUACCACCACUCCAUCAUUGCGUUUGCCCGGAUACUUCACCACAAUUUUCUGCCUGAGCGGCACAAAAUUGGGUUCCCAGCAUUGGAAGGUGGGAGAUCCGAUGGAAACAUUGAUCUGGAACAAGCGAGUUGCAGCCCGUCUGGCUCAACCACCACUUCAAGCUGCUGGGAGGUUGCGUCGGUAGCUUCAUCAUCGUAUGAGACCCACCCCCUGAGAAUCUCUGCAGCUGCGCCAGCUGUCUCUUUAGGCGCUGAGGAUGCCUGUCAGGCUAUUGUGGUACAUCAAAAACCAUCAAUCAGAGGAACCCAAGUUUCCGGCCAGCGAUUUCCCAACUCAUCCAGUCCCAUCUUGAAUCCUCUAUGGACACAGUUUCAGCGCUUCUAUGCCUUCCGGCCACGCACCAAUCAGCGGCCGUAUGCCCGAGAAGACGGCCCCCCGCGUCCCCCACCCUUGCGCCGCUCACAGCAGGUCCAGACUUCCAAACUCGAGGUGCCCACUGAGAAGCAGUAUGUCCCGAGCGUGCGAGAUCUGAAGCGGGUUUUUGUGCCCAAGGAGAUCGUCGUUCCCGAUGGUGUGACGGUGCGCCAGCUGGCGGGCCUCCUGAGUGAGAAGCAGGACGUGAUCCUGAGCACGCUGUCGGCGCUGGGGGACGGGGACUUGAAGCCGUUUGACAGCGUGCCGCUGGACUCAGCGGAGCUAGUGGCGCUGGAGCUGGGCAAGGUGAUCAAGCGGGGGAAGCGCGCAUGGGAGGACGCGCGGGGGAGCGCCAAGAAGGGGGCGGCCGCCAGCAGCUGGCCCAAGCGGCCGCCCAUUAUCACGGUCAUGGGGCAUGUGGACCACGGCAAGACGUCCCUGCUGGACGCCCUCAGGUCCACCUCAGUGGCUGCUGGCGAGGCUGGCGGCAUCACGCAGCACCUGGGCGCCUUCGUAGUGCGCAUGCCCGGCGGCGCUGAGCUCACGUUUUUGGACACUCCCGGCCAUGCCGCUUUCUCCGCCAUGCGCUCGCGCGGGGCCGCCGUAACCGACAUCGUCAUCCUGGUGGUGGCGGCCGAUGACGGAGUGAUGCCGCAGACGCGGGAAGCCUUGGCGCACGCACGGGAGGCCAAAGUGGCGAUUGUGGUGGCGAUCAACAAGUGCGACAAGCCGGGCGCGGAUCCGGCGAGGGUGCGCCGACAGCUGCUCGAGGAGGGGCUCGAGCUGGAGGAGGUGGGGGGGGAUGUGCAGGUGGUGGAGGUUUCUGCCACGGCCCGCCAGGGCCUGCAGUCCCUGGAGGAGGCGCUGCUGCUGCAGGCUGACCUCAUGGACCUGCGCGCUGACGUCACCCGCGAGGCGGAGGCCGUGGUUCUGGAGGCGCGCCAGGACAAGGGGCAGGGCCCGCUCGCGUCCGUGCUCGUCAAGUGCGGCCAGCUGGCACCGGGCACGCACCUCGUGGUCGGGCAGCUCUGGGGCAAGGUGCGCGCGCUGCGGGAUCCUAGCGGUCGGCUGGUGACGUCAGCAGGCCCCGCGCAGCCGGUGGAGGUGUUGGGGCUCAAGGGGCUGCCCGAGACCGGGGACGAGGUGCUGGCCGUCGCGACUGAGGAGCGCGCGCGCAGAAUUGCAGAGGGCAGAGCCGCGCAGGCGGAGGCGCGGCGCCGUGAGAGUACUGUCAUGGACAUGCGCGAGAAGCUGUUGGAGCAGGCCCGGCUGCGCAGCGCGACCGCGGCCGCGGUGGGCCGUACGACGCGCGUCUUCUCCGAGGUCAACAUGCCGACGCUGCAGUCGCUGCUCGACGCGGCCGCGGGCGAGGGCGCGGGCGCGGGCGCGGGCGAGCGGUGGGAGCUGGCGGUGGUGGUGAAGGCGGACAUGCAGGGCACCGCGCAGGCCGUCACCGACGCGCUGCUCGCGCUCAGCGGACCGCAGAUCGGCCUCUCCGUCGUGCACGCAGGCGUGGGCCCCGUGUCGCUUUCCGACGUGGAAACUGCGGCCGCGUGCCUCAAGAGCCGCCGCUGCACGCGCGCAGCCGUGGUGGGGUUUAACGUGAAGGCGGGUGCGCCCGUGGAGGCGCUCGCGGCCGCGAAGGGCGUGCCGCUGCAUCAGCACCGCGUCAUCUACCACCUGCUAGAAGAUGUUGGCACCGCCAUGGUCAACCUCGCGCCGGGGACCAAGGAGAGCCGCGCCGCGGGGCAGGCUGAGGUCCUCCAGAUCUUCGGCGUAAAGAAGAAGGGCGUCCCCGAGAAGACGGCCAUCGCGGGCUGCCGCGUGACGGACGGCAGCCUGCGGCGCGGCGCGUCGGUGCGCAUUCUGCGCAGCGGGCGGUGCGUGUACGAGGGGCGGCUCGACUCACUAAAGCGCGAAAAGAAUGACGUGGAGCGCGUGGAUAAGGGCAAGGAGUGCGGCCUGACGCUCGACUUCCGGGACUGGGUUGUGGGCGACACCGUCGAGUGCCUCGAAGAUGUCAUGCGUCGCCCCAAGCUGGUAUCCGACAAGAGCGGCAAGCUCACGCUGCAGGCCUAGCGUGCGGCGCGCUCGCGGACGGCUUGCAUUGAAACACAUUUAUGUAUGUGGAUCAUCUUUCAGAUAGACUCGCGGAAACGGCAUAGCUCCUUGAGACGGUUUGUACUUGAUGCAUUGAGCACAGUGCCAAGCUGAUUAGCCAUUGAGGAUUAAGUGAGCCGCGCUUGAAGCGAUACGUAUACUGCAAGCUGCCAGGCUUGUUGGUUUUGAAACGGGCCUAAGUUCUUUGGACGACAACUGCGUAAUUUUGACAAGCCGUGCCACAAUCAUGCCGAAUAUCGUCCAGGCUGAGUCCUUUCCGUCCGACAUGGGAGUUUGAACUGAGGUCGCACUAGCUUCGCCCGGCCUAUA